AUCUACCACCUCCUUGUUCUGCUGCGCUUCUUACUCUCUACAACUAUAAGCUCUUUUUCGUUUUUCCUUUCAAUAAUUUCUAUUUCUUUUUCCGCGAUCCCAACGUCUGAAUUGAUCGUCGUUUCUGGGUUUUUCUUUGAAAAGAGAGGUAUCUAUGGACGGGCAAGAGCAUGCCGAGGUCCCUAAUCAGAUGGUUGAGGAUGAACAAUCGGUUGUUGCGGCGGAGGCAAUUACAGAGUUGGCGAAUUCAAACAACGAAGCUAAUCCUGAAGAAGGAGGACAACAGGAAGGAGAAGAAGAGAGUGUGGAGGACGAGCUUAUAGCGAAGGCGCAGAAGCUUAUGGAUGAUAUUACUUCCGUUGCUAAUAACCCUAAUCCUAAUUUCCUUCACGCUCUUAGUCAUCUUCUCGAAUCUCAGGAGUCUCUGUUCUUAGAGGAGAAUGGCCAUUUCUCCAAUGCUCGCGGUAGUCAUAGCAGUGGCAAGCUGUGUACUCUCAUCCGAGAAAAUGAUGAGUUUUUUGAAUUGAUAUCGUCAACUUUUCUAUCUGAGAAUUCUUACUCAACCGCCGUAAAGGCAGCCUCUGCAAGAUUGCUAAUGAACUGUUCGCUUACUUGGAUGUAUCCUCAUGUUUUCGACGAUGCUGUUACCGAAAACUUUAAAAAUUGGGUUAUGGAAGAAGCAGUCAAGUUUCCUGGUGAAGACUCUGGCAGGAAGGAAGCCUCAGAUUCUGAAAUGUUAAAGACUUAUUCUACAGGACUUCUUGCUCUCUCUCUCGCCAGUCGUGGGCAAAUAGUUGAAGACGUUUUGACAUCAGGACUAUCUGCUAAGCUUAUGCAUUAUCUUCGAGUACGAGUUAUUGGAGAGCCAAGCACAAGCCGUAGAGAUGCCCUUCACACAACUGAGACUAAACAUGUGUCCUUAAAAACAAAAGAAGAAGGUCGAAGUAGGGUGCGUAAGGUUGUGGAUACAGUUGAAGGUGACCAUGUUUUUGAGACGGACUCUGGCAGAGAGAUGGGACAAACUGAUGUACAGUCUGAUGGUGAAUUCGAAAUCGAUGGCAGGGAAAUAUUUAAUGUUUCAGGUGUUGUUGAUUGUAAAAUUAAACCUGGAGAUGACAAUAGUGGAAGAGAUGACCCUUCAAGACACAGACUGAACCGAUCAAAAUCGAGGGGGAGAGGAAGGGUUAACGAAGGUGCAACUGAUACAGAAGUUCUCUUGGCAUCUCCUAGAUCAGGUCGUCCAGUUGUCAGAGAUAAGGAUCUAUCAAAAUUUUCAGAUGGCAGAAAUGGAGAAGAUGUGACCAUAUGUCUGGGGAAAAUGAAGUCUGGUAUAAUGGAGAUAGAGAGAGAGGAUGACGAUGAAUGCUUUCAAGGUUGCAUAAUAGGAACGAAAAACAUAAUUGAUCUAGUAAAGAGAGCCGUUGGAGCUGCAGAAACGGAAGCUAGAGCUGCCCAUGCUCCUGAUGACGCAGCUAAAGCAGCUGGCGACGCUGCAGCAGAGCUUGUUAAAACUGCUGCUUUGGAGGAAUUCAAGUCUUCUGGCAGUGAAGAAGCUGCUGUGUCGGCUGCUACUCGAGCAGCUAUUACAGUCAUAGAUGCUGCAGAGGUUUCAAGAAAUCCUACUUGUGUCACAUCUGAUCAGACAACAGAUGUUAGUGAAGUUUCACUUCCAGAUAUCGAAUCUUUGGCUCAGUUACAAGAAAAAUAUUGCAUCCAGUGCCUUGAGAUACUGGGAGAAUAUGUCGAGGUUCUCGGGCCUGUACUGCAUGAAAAAGGUGUUGAUGUAUGCAUUAUGCUGCUGGAACGUACAUCCCAGUGUGAUGAUAGUUCUACAGUGUCUCCUUUGUUACCUGAUGUCAUGAAGUUAAUUUGCGCUUUGGCUGCGCACCGGAAGUUUGCUGCGAUGUUUGUUGACCGGGGUGGCAUACAAAAAUUACUUGCUGUUCCAAGGGUUUCUGAGACGUUUUAUGGUCUCUCAUCUUGCUUAUACACCAUUGGCUCUCUUCAGGGUAUAAUGGAGCGUGUCUGUGCACUUCCAUCGGAUCUCAUACAUCAAGUUGUUAAAUUAGCUAUCGAACUUCUCGACUGUUCCCAGGAUCAAGCCAGAAAAAAUUCAGCUUUAUUCUUUGCUGCUGCUUUUGUCUUUAGAGCCAUUUUAGAUGCAUUUGAUGCUCAUGAUAGUUUGCAGAAACUCCUUGCAAUUCUUAAAGAUGCAGCCUCAGUUAGAACUGGUGCUAAUUCUGACCGAUCAGCUCCUGAAGUCAUGACGUCCUCAGAGAAACAGAUGGCUUUCCACACGUGUUUUGCUUUGCGCCAGUAUUUUAGAGCUCAUCUUCUUUUGCUUGUUGAUUCAAUCCGUCCUAGCAGAAGUAGCCGAGGUGGUGUGCGAAAUGUUCCUAAUAUAAGGGCAGCCUAUAAGCCCCUUGACAUCAGCAAUGAAGCUGUUGAUGCCAUCUUCCAUCAGUUACAGAAGGAUAGGAAGUUGGGUCCGACCUUUGUGCGAACUCAGUGGCCUGCUGUCAAUAACUUUUUGGCCUCCUCUGGACAUGUUACCAUGUUGGAACUUUGUCAGACUCCACCAGUAGACCGUUAUCUGCAUGAUCUACUUCAGUAUGCUUUUGGGGUUCUUCACAUAGUUACAUCAAUACCUGAUGGCCGCAAAGCAAUUGCGCAUGCCACACUCAGCAACAAUCGUGCUGGCAUUGCUGUCAUUCUGGAUGCAGCAAAUAUUUCCAACAGCAUAGUAGACCCUGAGAUCAUUCAGCCUGCACUAAAUGUCCUAAUCAAUCUGGUGUGCCCACCACCAUCAUUAAGCAAUAAGCCGCCCCUUGCACAAAAUCAUCAACCUGUUCCCGGCCAAGCCACUACCCGUCCCUCUACUGAUGUUGCUGUAGGUACUCAGUCCACUGGUAAUGCUCCGCAAACUCCUGUUGCACCAGCAUCUUCAGGUUUGGUUGGGGAUCGGAGAAUUUUCUUAGGAGCAGGAACUGGUUCUGCUGGCCUUGCUGCUAAGUUGGAGCAGGUUUAUCGUCAAGCCCGUGAAGCUGUUCGUGGGAAUGAUGGUAUAAAAAUUCUUUUAAAACUUCUUCAGCCCAGAAUAUAUGUGAAUCCCCCUGCUACCCCAGAUUGUCUACGAGCGCUGGCUUGCAGGGUACUUCUUGGUCUGGCUAGAGAUGAUACAAUUGCACAAAUACUGACUAAACUUGAGGUUGGUAAGAGUUUAUCAGAACUAAUUCGGGAUUCAGGUGGUCAGUCAAGUGGCACAGAUCAGGGCAGAUGGCAGGCUGAACUUGCUCAGGUGGCGCUCGAGCUAAUAGGGAUUGUGACAAAUUCAGGGCAUGCGACUACACUAACAGCCAGUGAUGCUGCUACUCCAACACUGAGGCGCAUUGAAAGAGCUGCCAUUGCAGCAGCAACGCCUAUAACUUAUGAUUCUAAGGAGCUUUUGCUGCUUAUCCAUGAGCACCUCCAGGCAUCAGGUCUUGGUGAAACUGCUUCAGCACUGUUAAAAGAGGCUCAAUUAACUCCUCUACCUUCAUUGGCUUCCCCUUCUUCUAUUGCAUAUUCCUCUACACAGGAGAUGUCUACGCCGCUAGCUCAGGAACAAUGGCCCUCUGGCCGUGCUAACAGUGGAUUUUUCACCAGCAAACCCAAAGUCUGUGCACAUGACGAAGAUCCUAAUUCUAGAUGUAAUGCGGCUAUAUCUGCCAAAAAGAAGCAUUUGGCUUCCUCGACACUGGAGAUACCCACACCAGUAGCACAGCAACAGUGGCCAUCAGGCCGUGCUAACAGUGGGUUUUUCCCCAGCAUACCCAGAAUCAAUGCACUUGAUGAAGAUCCUAGUUCGAGAGGUAACGCUGCUCCAUCUGCAAAGAAGAAGCAGUUGACUUUCUCACCCAGUUUUAGUUUGCAGUCACGAAAGCAAUCUUUCUCCCAUGACGCUCAACCUCAGUCUACACAGAGAAUAAAUAGUAGUUCGAAUUCAGAUCCUGCUUGGGCAGAUACAUCAGAAACUGCUGCAGAAUUAGUUUUGAAGAACGAUCUUGAUGCCGAUGCUCAAUUUAAGACCCCGAUUUCCUUUCCAAGAAAACGGAAAUUGUCUGAGCUUAGAGACCCAGAGUUGUCAGUUCCGGGUAAAAGAAUCAAUUUGGGUGAGUUAGGACUACGAUCUCCAGCUUGUCCAACCACAUCUUCCUUGCGUAGGAAUUCAACCAUUGCGGAAAGCUCAGGUUUGCAAACACCAGCUUCAGCUUUAGAUGCCAACCAAUCUGGGAGUUCCAGACUGGGCCAGAUGACACCUGCUUCUCAGCUAAGGCUUCCAAGUGAUCCCCAGCCUUCAAAUCCAGAACGGUUAUCACUAGACUCCCUUGUGGUUCAGUAUUUGAAGCACCAACACAGGCAGUGCCUGGCUCCAAUAACAACUCUUCCCCCUGUGUCUCUCCUACAUCCGCAUGUCUGUCCUGAACCUAAACGGUUACUUGAAGCUCCACUAAACAUCACUGGCCGUCUUGGGACCCGUGAGCUUCAAAGUUUCUACAGUGGAGUCCAUGGUAAUCGCAGGGAUCGUCAAUUUGUUUUCAGCAGAUUCAAAUCUUGGAGAUCUUUCCGGGAUGAGACUGCUCUCUUUACAUGCAUUGCACUUCUUGGUGGUACUAAUCAUUUAGCAGUCGGUAGUCAUGCUGGAGAAAUCAAGAUAUUUGAAGCUAGCAGCGGAACCUUGCUUGAGAGUUUCUCAGGUCACCAGGCUCCGGUUACACUUGUUCAGCCGUAUGUCUCUGGGGAUACUCAGUUGUUACUUUCUUCGAGCUCCAGUGAUGUACAGUUGUGGGACGCGUCUUCUAUAACUGGUGGGCCUAGACACUCCUUUGAUGGAUGCAAGGCUGCAAAAUUCAGCAACUCUGGGCUACAAUUUGCAGCACUUUCUUGUGAAGCAUCAACAAAAGAUGUUCUUCUAUAUGAUGUACAGACCUGCAGUCCUUGCGAUAAACUCACUGACACAGUCACAUCUUCUCGAAGUAAUCCCUAUUCUCUUGUACACUUCAGCCCUUGUGAUACACUAAUUUUGUGGAAUGGUGUUCUCUGGGACCGCCGUAUACCCGAGUCUGUCAGUCGGUUUGAUCAAUUUACUGAUUAUGGUGGCGGUGGUUUUCAUCCUUCUAGGAACGAGGUGAUCAUAAACUCAGAGGUCUGGGACAUGAGGAAUUUCAAGCUUCUUCGAAGUGUACCAUCACUGGACCAGACAGCUAUUACGUUCAACUCCAGGGGAGAUGUUAUAUACGCAAUGCUGAGGAGAAACAUCGAAGACGUAAUGUCUGCAGUUCACACACGCCGUGUGAAACAUCCCUUGUUUGCUGCUUUCCGCACUCUUGAUGCGAUCAACUACUCAGACAUUGCCACUAUACCUGUGGACCGAUGUCUUCUUGACUUUGCCACAGAACCAACAGAUUCGUUCCUUGGACUGAUCACAAUGGAAGACCAAGAAGAUAUGUUUUCCUCGGCCAGGAUGUAUGAGAUUGGUAGACGGAGGCCAACAGAUGAUGACUCGGAUCCCGAUGAUGAUGAUGAGACGGACGAUGAAGAUGAAGAUGAUGAAGACGAGGAAGAUGACCUGGACCGAAUUCUGGGACUAGGUGUAGACGAUAGCGAUAGUGGGGAUGAUGACCUUAGCAGCGACGACAAUGAAGAUAGUGUGAGCGAUUUUGAUGAAGAAGGAGAGAUUCUUAUUGACGGUCUUGACGGUGGCUUUAUGGGGAUUAUAGAAGGUGAGGAUGAAGACGAUGAUAAUGGUGGUGAUGGUGAGGAUGAUGAUGAUGACGGUGAGAUGCAGGAUUUCAUGAGCAGUGGCGAAGAAGAUGAUUAUAGAGACAAUAUUCGUUCUUCCUAAGGUUUUUUAAAUCUUAUUUACUUUUGAGCUCUACAGAUCACUAAGAUGGAUUUUUACUAUCCAAAGUUUUGAUGAUAAGUUCGUGUAUUAUUUUUUCUUUGUUAAGUUACAUGUUUAUUUGAA